GACUUCUAGAUUGGAAUUAGGACAGUUCUGAUUUGGCACCCAUUCGUGAUUUGACUUUUGCAAAAUAAAAUUUUCAAUGUAAAAGAUUGGGCUAAUAGUUAGGUUUCCAGACUCCGCUAUUUGUUAUGUUAAUUUAUUGCGGAUGAAACAUUGUGGAGAGGAUAAUUUCUGAUACAGUUGAAAUUUGAAUGGCAUAGUUCCUUUUUGCUUGUUUCUAUAGGAAAUAAUAUACUAAGGAGGUUCAUUAUCAGAUGGUGAAAUGCCUUGGCUUAGAUGAUUGAUGUUCCUUUUUUGAUAUUUGUGUAUUUGGAUGAAUAGUUGGGUAGAUGUUUGCCAACUUAAUGCAUGUUCUGUUAUGAUUCUAUGUGCAUGAGAUGGGAGCACCUAUGUGAGCAUGUGUGUUUAUUAUAGACUUGGAUUUCUUACAGGAGGAAACUACUUAUGCAGGCUACAUGCGGGUUCUUUUGAACUGUGUUGCCUUCUCCCAAUGUUUAACAAACAAAAUGAUUUUCCCUAUUCUCUAUUUUUUAAGCUUUGUUUGUGAUGCUGUGGAUGGCUGGUGUGCUCGCAAAUUCAAUCAAGUGUCAACCUUUGGAGCUGUGCUGGACAUGGUAACAGACAGAAUUAGCACUGCUUGCCUACUUGUAGUUCUUUCCCAAGUGUACAAGCCUGGCCUGAUCUUCUUGUCAUUGCUCGCCUUAGAUAUUGCCAGCCACUGGCUGCAAAUGUACAGCACUUUCCUGCUGGGCAAGGCUAGUCAUAAAGAUGUUAAAGACAGCAGCAGUUGGCUUUUCAGGUUAUACUAUGGAAAUAGGAUGUUUAUGGCAUAUUGUUGUGUCUCAUGUGAGGUUCUUUACUUAAUCCUGUUUUAUCUUUCGGAGAAAGAAACAGAGAAAUUGGUGGAUGUUUUAUCGAUUAAUUUGCAAAAGAUAUCAUUGCUUUCUUUCCUGAUCGGUACUAGUUUGUUUGGAUGGGCAGUCAAGCAGGUUGUAAAUAUUAUUCAGAUGAAGACAGCGGCAGAUGUGUGUGUGCUUUAUGACAUCGACCGAAAACAUAAGCAGUGAUGUUUUUUGCACGACCGGAAUCCCUUGCCUUUGUCUCCUAGUAACAUAUUUUGCACUUAGAUUAAUAUUAGUAUUGAUGGCAAUUGAUCUUGAAUUGUUCAGUUUUCUAUUAUUUGUAAUGAAAGAAAUAGAACGACA